AUGUGGUCGUCGCCACCACUCAAAACCACGCUUUUUGCAGCGCCGCGGGCCGCCAGGCCCCUCCUCGGGCCGCCGGCCCGCCAAUGGCAAACACGGCCGCCGCGCCCCGCCGCACCGGGCGCCGCCCGCCCGCUCUCGACAUUUCGCCGGCUUUUCCAGGACGAGAAUGGCGCCAAACACAAACAUCCCCCCCAGAAGCACACGGACCAUCCACCCAGGCAGGCGCCGGCGGCCGUCACCAAAGAGCAGCUUUUGGCACGUGCCACAAGCGUCGCCUCGCGCGCCGGCGUGCGUUUCAAGUGGCUCAUGAAGCGGCUGAACCGGCCGCUCAACACGGACGACUACUCCGCGCUCUUCUCGUGGCUCGUGGUGGGCAACGCGUUCCUCCUUGUGGCGGGCACCACCACGUUCGUGCUGUUGGUGAUCUUCACCGUCAACCCCCUCUUUUCGCAGGAGUUCGUGGCGCGCAAGGUGGGCGAGCUCAUGACGCAGAACCUGCGGCUCCAGGUCACGUUCGAGCACGCCAUCGUGCCCGGGUGGCGCGACGGCAAGAUCUCGUUCAAAAAGUGCUUUGUCAGCCGGCGGCCCGAGGCCACGCGCACGUUUGCCAAGGGCUUGCAGGCGGACGCGUACGCCCGCCGCCAGGCCGCAGCCGGCGCGGCGGAGCAGCCCGAGGACGACGGCAACUACACGCAGUUCGACGUGACCAUCGAGGAAAUCAACGUGACGUUGUCGUUCCGCAAGUGGAUGAACGGCACGGGGCUCGUGGACACCAUGGAGAUCGCGGGGCUCCGCGGCGUGGUGGACCGCACGCACGUGCACUGGGACCCGGCGGACGACGCCACCAACUACAAGAACCGGUACCAGUUCGGCGACUUCGAGCUCAACCGCUUCGUGAUGCGGGACGUGCUCUUCACGUUGCGCCAGCCCGCGGGCUUCCGCGCGUUCGACGUGGCCAUCUACAACUGCGAGUUGGACCGGCUCCGCAAGCACUGGUUGUUGUACGACCUCCUCAACGCGGCCAGCGUCAGCGGCUCGUACGACGACUCGCUCUUCACCAUCCACAAGCGCCAGCGGCUCCACGACUUCGACGACGCCCGCGCGGACGCGCAUGGCCUGCUGCCCUGGAAACGCGUCACGCGCUUGCGCGUGGACUCGCUCGGCGUGGACCACCUCAACACGGGGCUCGAGGGGCCGUUUGGCUGGAUCUCCUCGGGCAAGGUGGACAUGGUGGGCGACGUCAUGGUGCCAGAGGACGCGCGCGACUACAACGUGUCGGAGAUCGUGGCCAUCGUGGCCGAGUCCAUCCACAAGGAGGCCACGCGCUACCGCAACCCGGCCGUGUGCGCGUCCAAGCCGAGCCACGGCUCGCGCCUCCGCGCCGACGACAUGGGCGACGUGUCGCGCUUCUUUGUGCUCGACUUGACGCUCCGCCUCAACAACGUGCGUGCCCUGGUGCCGUUCCCGGCCCCGGAGCUCAGCUACGUCAACUACGCGUUGGUGCGCCCGAUCGUGGCCUACAUCAAUCUGCGCAACGCGUUCGUCGAGAUCCACAGCCGCGUGGUCAAGAGCAUCGACGACUUCAGCGGCUCGUGGACCGUGUACGACUCGCUCUUGAUGGACGACAUCUCCGAGCUGGUGUACGACUCGUUUGUCAACUACGUGGCCGACGACGAGGCCCGCUUGGUCCGCAUGCGCAAGAUGGCCUUCUGGUCCGUGCAGGUGCUCGUGCAGUUGAUUGUGUUUGGCCUUGGCGCCUUGACCUAG